AUGACCUUUAGCCCAAUCCUCCUCAUCCUGGGCGCUGGACCCAACGUCGCCACCUCCACGGCAGCGCUAUUCGCAUCUCAAGGAUACAAGAUUGCGCUUGUGAGCCGUGGAUUCUCCGCAUCUUUUGAUUCAUCCUACACGCAUAUCCGAGCUGAUUUGACGGCGCCGGGAACCGUGCACAAGGCCUUCGAGGAGGUGAAGGCCAAGUUCGGGAAUCCGCCCAACGUUGUCAUUCACAAUGCUUAUCACGUUUUUCCUGCUGCCCCAGGAAACCCUUUGACUCUCAACCAAGACGAGUUGGAGCAUGAUCUCGCGGUUAACUUUACAUCUGCGUACCUGACUGCCCAGGAGGCUGUCAAGGGAUUUGCAAGUAUCCCCGAUGAUGUUCCGAAGUCCUUCAUCUACACGGCGAACGGGCUGAACCUGAUGCCCCAGCCUCGGUUGGUUAGCUUGGGUGUUGGCAAGAUUGCGAUGGGCCAUGUUAUUGAGAAUGCGGUUCUUGCAUUCAAAGGAAAGGGAUACACAUUCUACUAUGGAGAUGAGCGCCUCGACAACGGCGACUACGCCAGCGGUGCCAUCAGCGGACCCGCCCACGCCGAACGAUACUGGGACUUGAGCCAAGAUCGCACGCAGCACGAAUGGAUGGACACCUUUGUGGCUGGAAAGGGAUACAAGAAGUUCCAUUAG